AAGAAAAGGAAGAAAGAGACAGGGAGGGCGGAGGGAGUAGCGGGCGAUAAAAAAAGAAAGAUGACAUCCUCGCAGCUGAGCGGCCGAGGUGGAGCGACGGGCCGCGGCCCGGCGAGGGCGCCGCUCGCUCGGCUCGGGGCUUGACUCCGACAACGAGGCUUCGACAAACAACCGAGUGGCCUAAUCGGAGGAACUCGGAAACAUAGAUUGACUCAUUAAAAAAACAAAGCAUGACGUGUUUUAUAACCCAUAUUUACUCUCCCGUGGGGGGGAAAAUGACUUUUACUUCACUUGUGUAGUGAUGUCUUUUUUUCAGCGUUUAACUCGAGACUGGAGCAGGUUAUUGUUGCAUUAAUCCAAGCUCGAAGUUCAAGCAGAGCCAUUGUAGGGGCCGGCCUGUGUGGGGUUUGUGCGGCCGACUUUCGUUCACAGCUGCGCCCAUUUGGCUUACUUACAUCAUCAUGCCGCCUCCGUGACAUCAGCAGCUUGGCGCGCCACAUUUUUUUUAAUAAACAACAAUCCCCGCCAUUUUUGUUUUGUUUUUUAACAUUGGGUGUGGCGACUCAAGCUUUUUUUUUUGAGGCACCCAUCCAAGCCAUGCGAAGGCUGUCCUCGAUCUCAACCAGAAGCUAGCUGACUAUAGCCUCCAUCUCACUGCUGCAAAAUGGAUGCUGCUUGGAGCAAUUUCCUUUUCCAGGUAGGCUUGAAUACUCCCACCCAAAACCAGGCGGAGGGGAGCCUCCAAUCGGAGCUGAUGUCAGUGCACACAAGCUCUCCCCAAACCCCACCCACUGAGCACAUAGAUCAGCCUCCCUCCACCGUGGACACCACCGCCCUCAGCGAGGAACCCCUUCCCAGUGAGGCCCGUGGAUCUGACGCACACCCAGCGGCCACUUCAUUAGUGAAGCCUGUGUCCCGGCCAGGCCGCGUGCCACACGUCUGUCCUAUUUGCAACAAGCAGUUCAAGAACAACUACAACCUGCGGCGGCACCAGUCGGUCCACACAGGGCGGCCCGCCAACCAGAACCCCACCCCGGUGAGGAAGAACCACGCGUGUGAGACGUGCGGAAAAGCCUUCCGAGACGUUUACCACCUCAACCGCCACCGCCUGUCCCACUCGGACGAAAAGCCCUUCUCAUGUCCCAUCUGCCAGCAGCGCUUCAAGAGGAAGGACCGCAUGAGUCACCACGUGCGCUCUCAUCAGGGCGGCGUGGAGAAGCCCUACAUCUGCCCCCACUGCAGCAAGGCGUUUUCAAGGCCCGACCAUCUCAACAGUCACGUGCGACAGGUGCACUCCUCGGAGCGUCCCUUCAAAUGCCCGACAUGCGAGUCCAGCUUUGCCACGAAAGAUCGUUUGCGUGCUCAUAUGAUUCGCCAUGAGGAGAAGGUCCCGUGUCACAUCUGUGGCAAGCUCCUGUCGGCCGCUUACAUCACCGAUCACAUGAGGGUGCACAACCAGUCUCAGCACCACGUCUGCCACCUGUGCAACCGCAGCUUCACCACGCUGACGUACCUCCGCGUGCACGCCCAGAAGCACCACGGCCAGGAGUGGAAGGACAGUCCGGGAGGUUUCGGCGGCACGACCGCCGGCGGCGUCCUCGUCUGCCACUUAUGCGGCAUCCACUGCAAGACGCCGACCCAGCUCCAGGGCCACAUGGGCACCCACAACGCCAGCCAGGAGGCCCAGAGCCCCGCCACCUCUAACGUCGCCGCCAGCAGCUCUGUGUCCCUCAGCAUGGUGGCGGCGCCCACUGUGUACGUGACGGGCGGCACGGUGGUAGACCUGCUGGUCACGGACUGCUCUAGCAUUGCGGCGCCACAGUCGCAGAGUUAGCGAUAGCCAGCAGCAGGAGCAAUAACCUCAGUCCUUUAAAGGAGAGGGGGGCAAGGUAAGAGAAGUGAUGCGUAGAUGCUCGUCUUUUUUUGACGUUAUUGGAAAAAUCUGAAAAAAUUCUACACUCACAACCAACAUGGAUUUGUCAUCUUAACAAUCCUGCAAAUCAGGGGUGUCCAAAGUGCCCAAUUUGUUGGUGGGCCCUCGGCAUGAUUAAUAACAUUAACAAAUUAAUUGAAUAAAACACUAAUAAUGAUUUGUGUUUUCAACUAUAAUAGCUUAGCACGGUGGUUCUAAAACUUCUAUCACUAAAUACCACCUCAGAAAACACUUAAGUACCACCAUAAUGACCAACAGUAAAAUACAGUAGCAUAGUAGGCCUAAGUAUUCAUUAAAAACAUGGCCGAGGUUUUAUUUAACAAGGAUAUUUAAUAUUUUUGGCCACUGUAACAUUACACACAGUUUGAACAGUAACACUGUGUUUGAAUAUUUAUUUGAUUAUUUGGCGUACCACUAGAUGGAGCCCGUACCACAGUUUGAGAAUCACUGGUUCAGCAUAUAUCGACCUACGGUGGAGAAAUUGUUUGGACACCCCUGCCGUAAAUGCUCUAAUUGUAGCAUUUAUUCACCAACUUAGCAAAAAGGACAAACUCAUUAAUAUAUAUAUAACAGAACCAAUGUCAUAACUGCUCAGUUAGCAUUAAUACAGCUACUGAAACAAAACGCAUGCAGAGAUUUAUAAGGCCGCUGGACUACUUGUGAUACUUGAUAUGCAGCUACUGUAAUCUUUUGGCGGCAAUAAACGACAGGAGGUUGCCUACAGCCACAGCUAAUAACAAUACCGUUGUGGUUAAUUGAAUGGCGACAAUAAUUGGAGCAUUUACGGUACUUAAGUGUGUCUUAAUGGCAUCUACUCGAUUUACUCCCCUCUCUGUGCCCUCACCCAUUCGCACCAGCGCUGAUCUUACCUCUUUUUUGCAGCUCACUGACAACAAAUAUUUAGUGCUUGUGUUAAAAGAAAGGCAACUCUAGGAGAUUAAAAAAAAAAAGCAAAUGACAAAAAAAAAAAAAAAUAAGAAGGGAAGUUUUUUGGGGGUGUGUACUGUGGGCGAGUCCAAGCUUCUCUUAGCAUGUCUAAACAGAAUUUAUGUUGGGGUUUUUUCCCCCCAACUAGUUAAGACAUCUUCAGGAAAAAGUAUUGUAGGUGGUACUUCUUGGUAGAAAAGGUACAGAGUGUCAUGCACCUUAUAAUGUGAUCAUUGUUGGGUUCACAGUCUUCCUCCGAGUUUGGCCAAGAAAAUAUCUUUUUAGACACUUGCAGCAGGAAGAGGAAAAAAAGGAAAAUAACAUUUUGCAUGAAAAGAAGAAAGCUUGGCUUAUCAAAAUGAACUUUUAAAUGGUUUCACUAGCUGUACAACAAUAAUACGUGCUAAUUUUCUUUUCUUUUUUUUCCAAACAACUUUGUUGGCCAUUUAUUUGAUUGUGACUGUCAUUGCCAUAGUUUUUUUUGUUGUUUUCUCUACCUGCCAGUCCAAGUGAGUGAAACCUAAACAUUAGAUUUAGUUUGUAGCGCACCUAACAUAUUAUCAUUUGACAUCAAUCAUCUUUUUAACAUGGGGGUGCUAGUGUUGCUGAGAAAGGGCUUUUUAAGUCAAGCGCCACAGGAAGUUGAUGCUGUAAACAAUUCCUGGUUUUGUACCGGAGUGCUUUUGUGUGAAUACCUUGAUAUGUAUUGCGUGUUUAUUUUUGUCUUAUUUUUGCUUUUUAGUUUUAAAUAUGUUCUUCCUUCCUGUCGAGAAAAUGUACUAAAACAUUCAUUUUAGAUCUUCUUCCAUUUACACUAAGAAAGAAAAAGAAUACCUCUAGAAAUGUGUACGGCUCUUGUGAUAUACAUUUUAAUGCCUUAUCAUACUCAACUGCAUUUUAAUUCUUUGAUGAUGAUCACAUUUUAGUCAUAGAAUCAUUCAAGAAUAUCAAUGGGAUGUAUUUAUAUUUAUAUUUUUAUAUCUCAACAGUAUGCAUGUCCAAAAAGGUUAGAUCAAAAAAACAAAAAAAAACAAUAAUUGAUUAUGCUUAUUACAGUCAUAAGUAUUCUGUCAUUUUGUAGAGGAGGUAGAGAUCAUGUUAUUAUUUUGUAAUUUGGACGAUUUUAAGUAAAAUGGGUAAACAUGCA